AGAGCAGAGCGACAAAUUUAAUGGCGUCCGUGGUGCUGCUGGUGGCCCUUCUGGGGUGCGGCGCCUUCGGCAGGACCCUCUCCUAUCCCGACCUGACGCCCAGGAUCGCCCCUGAAGUGCAGCAACUGAUCAACGAUGUGCUCGACAACGCUGCCAGAACCAGGAGUGAAGGCUCAAGCCAGGUGCAGGCAGUGGAGGUGGAGGGCUGGGGCCGCUCGCUUCCGCGUCUUGGCCAGAUCUCAGGCGUGUCGGUGGACGAGCAAGGCCGGCCAGUAGUUUUCCACCGCGGGCCGACCAAGUGGCUGUCGCGCUCCUUCAACGACUCGUUCAUCUUCCAAGAGCGCUCCGAGGGCGCCAUCCCGGUGGACACGGUGCUCGUGCUCGACUCCGGCACCGGCCUCAUCCAACGCAGCUGGGGACGCAACACCUUUUUCAUGCCGCACGGAAUCACCGUCUGCACGCACACCGGCGACACUUGGCUCACUGACGUUGCCCUUCACCAAGUCUUCAAGUACGAAAGUGGAGAAUACGAGGAGCCAAGCGUAGUUCUGGGCGUGGCUUUCGAGCCCGGCUCGGACGACGGCCACUUCUGUCAGCCGACGGCCGUGGCGGUGGCGUCAACCGGCGACGUGUUCGUGGCUGACGGCUACUGCAACGGCCGCCUCAUGCGCUUCACCUCGGACGGAGGCUUUGUCGGCGAGAUGGGCGCCGACCUGGCAGAGCUCAGGCUCACCCUGCCGCACGGAGUCGCCCUGCUCGAAGACCGAGACGCCGUCUGCGUCGCCGACCGAGAGACUAGCCGACUCGUCUGCCUCAAGGCUGGCUUGAGUCGGCAGGAGGACGGUGGUCAGAUUCUGGGCGAAUUCCGGCACGCGGACAUGGGCCGGACGUUCGGCGUGGCCAGCUACGGCGGCCUGCUGUUCGUCGUGGCCGGCCAGACGGACGCGACGGCCAACCUGGGCCUCACCAUCGACCCAGUGGCCGGCCGCGUGCUCGACGAGUGGGCGCCGCAAAAGGGCUUCAAGUCUCCGCACGCUGUGGCUGUGUCGCAGGAGGCGGGCGAAAUCUACGUGACGGAAAUCGGGCCGAACAGGAUACACAAGUUCGUGUUGGUCUGAGGACGACGCACACGCGCACUCUCACUGCUUCCGCAUCAAUUCAGAACAGACUGCUGGCCCCUUUACAUCCCAAACCACGACAUAUAUAUUAAAAAAUUAUAUAUCAAACGCAGACUUAGCCAAUGUCAAGAGAAGUAUAUGAAAAAAAAAGAAAGAAACGAGGAGGCUAUAUUCUUCGCCGCCAGGCUUUUAAACCCGAUUCGUUCCUAAGAAAAAGAAACUCUCGCGCGAUCGUUUGUCUCGUCGGUAGGAAAAGGUGUAGAGCACAAAUAAAGUGAAUGUCUAUUUGUUUGAA